UCCAUCUCUCUCUUUCGUCCUCUCCAUCAUCUCUGAGAGGUCAGAGGAGAAUAAUCGAAGAGGAGGAAGGUUCUUUCUGGGGAACCAUUUCUUUGGCGCGUUUCGGCUAGCGGUUUCCUUCCGACGUCAUGGAGGCGGAGUACUCCGGCGGCGCGGCCGCCAGGUUCUUUGGUGGCCGGGGAUCCGGCCGCGACGCGAUCGACCAGAUGCCGGAAACCCCCCGCAGGGGCUCCCACCGACGGGCCCACUCCGAGGUCGCCUUCCGACUUCCCGACGACUUCCUCUUCGACAUGGACGCCGAUUUUCCCCUGAUCGACGUCCCCUCCUUCUCCGAUGACAGCAAUUCGGGCGAUGGCGGAUUGUUUUCGGCGCUUCUCGAAACCGGGAAGUCGCCGGAGGUGGGCAGCGCCGUCAAGGAAGAGCCGCAGCCCAUCGUCGUUGACGGUGCGGCCGGCGGCGGCUGUGGCGGUGGGGGUUCGCACAUGCGGAGCUUAUCCAUGGACGCGGCGUUCCUGGAUAGGAUGGCGUUUCAGCCGGGUUCGGUCGAGGACGGGGGACGGGCCGUGGCUGAUGCUGGCCGGAGGCCGCACCAUCGCCGCGCUGGGUCCAUGGACGGCUCGCCUGGUUCUUCAUUGCUGGAGGGGGAGUUGCCUAUGAUUGACACGAAGAAAGCCAUGCCCGCCGAUAAGCUCGCCGAACUUGCCCUGCUCGAUCCAAAGAGGGCUAAAAGGAUUCUUGCUAAUCGGCAGUCUGCAGCACGGUCAAAGGAGCGGAAGAUACGUUAUACAAGUGAGCUGGAAAGGAAGGUUCAGACACUUCAGACAGAGGCAACCACAUUGUCAGCACAGCUCACAUUGCUUCAGAGGGACACAACUGGCCUGACUGCAGAAAACAAGGAACUCAAGUUAAGGCUGCAGGCUAUGGAGCAACAAGCGCAUCUUCGUGAUGCCUUGAAUGAAGCAUUAAGGGAAGAGCUGCAGCGACUAAAGAUAGCAACAGGAGAAAUCCCACCUGUGAAUGGGAAUGCUUUCAACAGAAGUCUGCCUCAGCCAAAUACAUCCUUCUUCCAUCCCAACCACCAGCAGUUGCAUCAUUUUGGCGGCACACAGGUUCAACAACCCCAAAUGUCUCCACAAAUUCCAAAUGGACAGCCUCUUGGAGAUCAUUCUCAGCAAAACUCCAUGGAUUUCGUCAAUGCAUCCGGUAACCGAUAUGAUCUAAAAUAGGGCCGUUCAGUUUGUUCAUGCUCAUAUUGUUGAAGAGGAGAAAUUGGCCCUUUUGAGAGAGCUAACCGUUCUUACUGUAUAUAUAUGUGAAGCAGACUAUGUAAGCAUGUAUUGUCAGUGAUAUCUAAGUUAUGCAUUAAGGCUCCCAGGCCCAACAAGGGGACUGCUUUCUAGUGUGUGGUGUCUGACUCCUGUGAUUAAGACGAGUUCAUCAUCUUACAUACGACAGAUAAUUCAGACCUCAUAGCCAAGCAUAUCUAUGUCUUCAGUUGCAACGUUGAAGCUUGCCUUGGCAUUGGAAUUUGGUCAACUUCGAGUGAGCCAUUUUAGGGUAAUACUUUGGUAUGGCUUGUCGAUGUUUAGAUUAGUUGAUGUGAUUAUUUGUUGAACUGGUUGGAGCAGUAUCUUCAUUCUUAUUUUAAUGUAUUUUGAGUCAUAAAAUAGUGUAGGGAACUGAAGAAUAUUCAAUAUGAUUGUUGCUCAUUGAUUGUUGCAAAAAAACUGUGUCUAUCUCUCUCUGGUGUUGUAAUGUCUGUCUCCUUGUGCUGGGGAGUAAAUGCAGCUUCA